AACCAGAGUUCAUACUGUAUCAGGAUGCCUGCCAUAUCGCCUCCAGCUCCGUCUGACGGGGGAUCUUUCGAGAAACCUCUGUCGUUGAAGGGAGCUAUGGAGGCUGCCGACAGGGUAAGAAAGUUUCUGCUCGAACAAAAGGAUCCAGCAGAGACGGAACAAUGGUUCCCGCCUGGCACGUGGCAAGGCGCGGCUGCCUUUGCAGCUACGGGUUUGUUGAUGACACCUCUGCGAGGAUCAUUACUGAGUGCCGCGGGCCCCCGCGGUCCCUUUCAGGGAUUCGUGGAUCUAGUCGUCACCCCUAUUUUGGCGGUAGGCGCCGCCCAAGCCGGGUUGGUGAUCGGGACUCUAUACGGUUCGAGCCAUUAUUUGGAACGGGUAGCGAUGGACGCUGCCACGAAUACAAAUGCAACGUUUUCCGAAUACGGCACUGGAAAAAUUGUGUCUGUUCGACAGAGUCAGGAUGGCAAACUCAGUUUUUCUCCAACGACUGCAGACUCGGUUGCCCAGAGGGAACGAUCAGUCGCUCAUUUGUGCCAGCAGGUGUUGCUGCCAUUCCCGUCGUCCACGGAAGAUUCAUUACGGACCCGAUCUUCUCAACAGAUGUCUACAGAUGUGGCGCAACAUUUCUCCUUCGGUUCUUGGGAUCCGCGAACGAAAACCAUGGAAAGCCUUAUCCGCGCCGUUAACAACUGCCGGCAACGAGAACAUUGAUUUUCACAAGCGAUUUGUAUGGGGCAUUUUUUCGCCGUUGGAAAAUUCCCAGAACGAUUGAUAUUAGCAGUGAGUCCAUUGUGCAAAGAGAAAGAAAAAAUACUCUCUAUCUUGAAGAAAAUAACAAAAUAUCUAAAAUAAAUUAUGAGUUUUGUGGUAUGAAUUGAUAUACAAUUGGACAGAUCCAUCAAGCCCUAUUGGAGAUUCAAAAUAUGAUCAGGGCAACAAACGCGGGGGCUUCAUUGAAACCAUAUCGUUGAGUCCUCUUCAAUCAACGCUGCUAUAUGAGUGAGUUCUUCUUUUUAUCCUCCGUCACGGGCGCGUGGAUUUCGCUAUCCUUGGUUACAAACUUUGACCCAUCAAUGACACCGCCACAACUUAUCAGCCACGAUUUUGCUUCUUCGUCGAUCUCAACACCAUCGUUUUCGAUUCCRUCACUCUUUGAAUCCCAAUCGAUCUCUUCCUCCUUCCCGUCGGUUGCACUCUUACGGUUGUAAAAUCCAAGUUGUUCGAAACAUACUUUCAGGUCAAUGGACGGCCGGUAGGCCUUCGCAAUUCUUCUCAGCGCUCGCAAACGCAUAGUGGGAACCAAAUGUUCUGUGAGGAAUAUACCCAAAUUGGGGCUAGUCUUGUGCAAACGAAAGAACCAAAAAUAAUCAGACAAGGCAACGGCUUCACGAACUUUCAAAGCAUGACGUAUUGCGGGGUGAUUCUGCUCCGUUGCUGUAAGCGAUAACAUGAUGUGAUAAAUGUCGGAAGAUCCACCAGAAUACACUUCAUUCGUGGAAAGAAAAACAUAAUAUAAGAGCCUGUACGCAACAAAUUCUUCUCGGUGCUUCCAAUUACUGCAAAUACCGUCACCACGAACAAGUACACUUUUAUUCCUACUAUCUGCGGAUGGAAGAGUUUUAUAUAGCUCUU